AGAUAUGAAAUAUCAUUACACGUAAGUUGAGAGGUCUACACACACGUUUUAUAUUUAAAUGUGAGUGUUGUAGUGUGUAGCAGUUUUUUGUUUUUAAUAUAUAACAUUCUGUAUAAAUGCGAUUCACCAAGUAUAUUUAUAUAUUUAUGUUAUGUAAUGGAAGUGGAGUGAUAAGUUUUAUUCGAAGGAACGAAGAAGUGGUGUAAUAUAAUGCAUAUGUUGAGAAGUUUUUUAAAUUUUCUACAAUGCAGCUUUUACGGAACAGUUAUUUCACAUUUAUCCUCAUUAUACUCGUAUUGAUUCCAAUAAACGCAGAAGAAGAACACAUAAAAAAGAAAACAUGUUUAGCAGGAGACGAAAUUGCAGAUGGUGGGGGAAGAGAGUGUGAUGAUAUAACUUCUAGGAGGGAUCUUAUUGCCAUGUCAAAUCUUGAGCUUCAAGAUGAGAUUGAGCAAAUUUUAUCAUACUUCAUAGAGUUGCUGCAGGGCACCUCUCCAAUCUACCUAAACGAUGUGACACAGAGUAUUAUUAAGAUCAGUGAUAUUUUAAAUAUAGAAGAGAAUUUAGAGUUUCCUAUUGACAUGAUGGUAGCACUGGAAAUGUUGGGAACAAGGAUAGACCUGGAUGGUAGUUUAAACGCUACUAUUGUCGGGGAUAAUGUAGCUCUUCUAAUGGCAAAUCCGUCAGUUGACAAUCCUGUGGUUGGAAUAAGAAUUUUGAAUUUAAAUGAUGACAGAUUUUACAAAGACGCAUUUAAAAUACUAGCAGCUGAGGAUCCUGGUUACCUGGCUGCCAACGCAAGCGAUGUCGUAGUGUAUUUACCAGCGCCUUUAACGACACCAGAUAGUCGCGUUAGCUUUGUCGUUUUUCGAAAAGACUACGGAUUUGGUGAAUUAGAUUUACCAACAAUUUUGUCUCUGGUCAAUAGCAGAGUAAUUAGUGUCAAAGUAGAUAAUACUAGUGAAUUAGAUGGAGAGAUGAUAAGUCUAUAUUUUAAGCCGUUCAGUGAACCAGGUAGUUUACACAUGUGUGCCAAUUGGGGCUAUUCGAAUUGGUCGAACAGGGGCUGCUUGCCUUCAAUGCAAAAACCACAGCCGGGAAUGUUGUACCGUUGUGUUUGCCAAGAAUCAACAUAUGUUGCUCAACUCAUUCUAUCAGGAGAUUCAGACAUCACGUCAACAAUGUCAACUGCAAUGACGACCGCAUCAACAUUGACACCGAUGUCAUCAACAUCUGCGACGACAGCGCCGCCUACGAUCGAGGAUAUUAUAAACGAUCUUGAAAAUUUGCUAAACAAUGAUUCUGAUCCCAGCAUCACAGACGUUGAUCAGAUAUUUGAUCAGAUCAAUGAUCUUUUAAGCAUAGAUGAAGAUGUUGUCUUCCCUACUGAGUUCUUGCGUUUGCUUGAUGAACUUGGAUUUAGAAUAGACUUGAAUGGCACUGAAACUGCUGCACUCGUGAAGGACAAUAUUGCUCUGAUGAUGGCUGACGUUGAGGAUUCGAAUCCUGUGAGAGGACUGAGUGUAGCUUAUAGAGAAGAAGAUGUUUUUACUGAUGAUGCAUUUAAGUUUUUGAGUAACAUGAAGAACAUUAACUUGAAUUCAACGAUGAAUGAGCUCGUGGUGCACCUACCAGAGUCUGUGCUAAAUUCUCCGAGACGUAUAAGUUUUGUGGUCUUCCAUAAUGAUCGCGCUUUCAACAAUAGGGAGGAAUCUAUUGUCAACAGUCGAGUGAUUAGCAUCAAUGUUUAUAACAUGACACAAUUUGAUAAUGGAGAGGUAGUAAACAUCCAUAUGAAGCCUUUGAGAAUACCAGAACGGGACAGAAAACGUUCGUGCGGUUAUUGGGCGCUUUUAGAUGACAGCACUGGAUAUUGGUCGCAAGAAGGCUGUACGUUCAUUCGUUCCAGAAACCCAACGAUUUUGGAUACGUGCCAAUGCGAUCAUCUUACACAUUUCGCUGAAAUUUUAAUUGUCAAACCUGUCUUUUCGGAGCAAAAUGAGGCAAUAUUAGAGAUGAUCUCUAUAAUUGGAUGUAGUCUUUCUAUUUUUGGUGCUAUUAUAAUACUAAUUACAUUUGUUUUAUUCAAAACAUGGAGAUUAAAAUUUCGCAAUCAAAUUUGGCUUCAGCUCAGUCUUGCUCUACUAAUCAUGUCAAUUUGCUUCCUUGUAGUUGUUUUCGUUAAAUACGACGAAUACAGUGUUUCGUGUUUACUUACCGGUAUCAUUUUGCAUUUCUCUGUAUUGACUUCGUUUUGUUGGAUGUUAGUAACAGCCAUAAAGGCUUACAGAGACUUAGUUAUAGUCUUCACAAAAUAUAUACCUUGUCAAAUGACACUCGCUACUAUUUUCAGUUGGGGUCUACCAAUAAUAGUGAUUGUUACUUAUAUUUUUAAGGCCACUGAACCAUACAAGGGCCGUUUUGAAGAAAUGACUCCCAGUGGCAGUUUCUGUUAUCCGUCAGGAUUGGAUUUAUGGUUCUCAGUAUAUAUACCUAUUGCCGUAAUAUUGUUUAUUAAUGUAAUUUUAUUCUUCUAUACGAUUGGUUUUGUAUCUAGCAGUAUUCACAAUCAAAAUAUAACUUAUUAUGAAGAAGCUCAUAAGUGUGCACGAAUUGGUAUAGUGCUUGUGUUUCUUUUCGGUUUACCAUGGAUAUUUGGACUUUUUGCUUUCAAUAUUGUAGCGGCUUAUAUGUUCACUGUUACAGCUACUUUUCAAUGUUUUAUUCUAUUCAUUUUUAUUAUAUGCGGGAAUAAGGAGACGAGAGAUCUUUGGCUUUUCAAAUUAAAACUGAAACCAAUGCCCAGAUAUAAGCGCCAAUCGGCAAGUAGACGAACUAUUCUCCCUACUUAAAUAUAGAAUUAUAAAACAAUUACACUUUAUGGGUAGAAAUUAAACUGAGAAUAGUUUUUUUAUGCAACUUAGAAUGGUAAACAAACUGACGGCCCACCUGAUGGAAAGUGGUAACCGUCGCCUAUAGACAUGUGUAGUACUAUGGAUAUAAUAGAGUAUACUGUUUCACCCAUGAUAUCCCCCAUGCAUUGCCAUUCCUGAGAACUAAAGUGUAAAUUAUAAUGGAAAAACUUUUGUUUAUAAGAUAGUUUUUUAGCCUCGGCUUUUCGUGUACAAGUGAAGAAAAUAGGACCGAAUCUUACUUACAUUUGCAAUUGCUCUCUUUUAUUUCAUUCACUUUUUUUAUGUGCAGACCUUUUUGACUCAAAAUUUUCACAUUUUUGUAUGAUAUUUAAAACAUUUUUUUUUUAUACUAGCCUUGUUCUAACAAUUACAAACAAUAAAAUGAAAAUUAACCAAAUAGGUGCAGUCGUUCUGGAGUGAUGCGCUUGUAUAAAUUUGGCAAUUGAUUUUUUUUUUAUUUAUAUAGAUUAGUUUGUAUUAGCACUAGCAUAUUCCUUUUUAAAAGGCCGGCAGCACACCUGCAAUGCCGUAGGUGUUGUGGGUAACCAUGGGCGGCGGUAGUCACUUACCAUCAGGUGAGCCGCAUGCUCGUUUGCCCCCUGUGUUGUAAAAAAAAACUAGAAAUGUAAAAUUCUUUCAAAGUAUCAUGGUUGGUACAAAAAAUACACUUCAUGAUUUUUCCAACAUAGAAGCAAAGAGAUCUGUAUUAUUUUCUUUAUAAUAAUAAUUUACUAAGAUAAUAUUUAGUGAUUAAAUUAGAAUAAAUAAAUGUAACUGUAAGCUUAUUUGUAAUUACUGUAAUAUUUAUUAUAGUUUCUAGUGUUUAUUAAUAAAAAUAAAUAAAUAUAUAUAAAUA